AUGGGGAACUGCGUGAGAAAAGAGGCGUCCACGCAAUGGGGCGGCGAGGACUGGAGCUCGCCGUCGCCGCUGGCGGCGGAGAAACAGGAAGAGAAAGGCGGUUUUGAGAGUUCCGGCGGCAGGAGAGAAGUAAAAGUGCAAAUCAGUAAAAAGCAGUUGCAGGCGGUGCUGGGGAAGGCGGCGGAUGUUGACGGCGGCUCUUCCGUGCAUCAGCUUCUAGCAGAUUUGAUGAACGCCGCUCGUCACUACGAGAUCGAAACGCAUCAUCGUCAUGCGUCUUGGCGGCCUUCCUUGCAAACCAUACCUGAGCUCUAG